UGUGGGGAUUCCCUGUCUCAGUCGAUGUUUGGUCAUGAACUCUGAAGGUAAUUCGUAUUUUUGCACAACUGUGCAAGGGCUUGAAUAUUUUCUGGUACAAGAGAUCAAAGAGAAGCUGCAGGUCGAGCAAGUAGAAUGCAAGAAUGGUAAUGUAUUGUUUUCAACAGGAAGUGAUGUCGAUUCGCUUCAUUCUCUGAAGUCCGCAGAAAGGCUCUUGAUUAAAGUGGAUCAUAGAUGUGUUAAAUUUCCCAAUGGAAGAGGAAAGUGUAGAAAAAAGAUCAAACAAAUAACUGAAAGCAUUUCCACCUGGGAGAAAAGUUUACAAGUUUGGAAACAUUUUCAAGAAAGACAAAAUAAUAUUGAGGACGAAUGCAGUGUUGAAGCAGAAUCAUGUAAUUCUGGAGAGACUUGUAAUAAUGAUGAUGUUUGGCGGAAGAGAGAGAAUGACUCUGAACAUUUAGAUAAAAGAAUGAGAACAGAAACUUCUGAUAGUGAUGUUGCCAUGGAUGCACAUUCUGGUAAAAGUAUAGAAAGAGGUGGAAUGCUAAAAGAUGAUGAUGAAAACCAGCAUCUUUCCAUGGAAACAAGUGAGAUUGAUAAACUGAGUUAUAAUAACACUGCCACUGAAAAUGUUAGAUUUCGAAUCACAUGUAAGUGUGUAGGGAAAGCUAAAAAAUACCAUUCACCUCAGGAAUUUGCAAUCUGUAUGGGUACUUGUUUGGCACGUAAGUUUGGUUGGCAGAUAGAUGUAAGGAAGCCACAACUAGAGAUUUUAGUCUUUGUCACACCAACAGAUUUUUUGAUUGGCUUUCCUACAACCCAUGAUUACUUAUCUAAAAGGUCCUACAUUAAAAAAACGGGUAUGCGAUCUACCAUAGCUUGGUGCAUGUGUCAAUUGGCUGAAUUACAAUCUGGUCAUCUUCUGUUGGAUCCAAUGUGUGCCUCUGGCAUUAUUGUACUGGAAGCAUUGAAGUCAUGUAAGGUUUAUUGCAUUGGUUGCGAUCAUCAUAGUAGACAGUUGGAACAAGCGGCAUUGAAUAUUCAGUAUGCCUCUAUGAAUGAAACGAUGCAACUCAUGCAGACAGAUGCCAAAGGCAUUCCUUUGAAGAUGAAUAGUGUAGACAGAGUUAUUUGUGAUCUACCAUUUGGUUUGCAUCAUAAUACCCAUAUAGAUAUAAAACAAUUCUACUUAUCUUUUCUAGGUGAAGUCACAAGAGUUGUCAAAUCGAAUGGAAGGGCUGUUCUGCUGACCAGUGCAGUUAUGGUGGAUUAUUUGAUCAAGGUAAUGACUGGAGAGAAGUCUCGUCUCUGGAGAGUUGUUAGUGCUGAACAUCAAAAUAAAGAUAUCACUGACAAAGAUGAAGAAGCUGUAGUUGAAAUGUGCCCCUCUGUUGCUUGUUGGAUCAAAGUUGAAACACACUUUUUGAAAGAGAUUCCAAUUGGUGAAACAUUGCAUAGAAAGAGACAUGAUUUGUCAGAUGGGUCAGCUGUUAAGAAGGAUACAUCUAAGAAAACUGAUAAGCAGAGAGAAGAAUAUAGUAGUGAUGAAAACAGUGGUUCAGAAACUGAGGAAGUAGAUAACACGAAAGAAGAGACAUUUCAUGAAUUACUGAACAAAGAGAAGCAGGGUGUGCAAGAUAGGUUGGCACUUAAACAGAAAGCAACUAGGGAAACUGUUGCACAAAGGGAUGACUACAGUAAUGACGCGAACAGCAGUUUAGAAACGGAGAAGAUAGAUAGUUUUAAACAGAAAUAA